UACAAAAAACGGAAGCCAAUUAUUUUCUAGGGCUUCAAAUGGACGACAUGGCUCCCUAUUACCCGCCACCGCCUCCACCACCAGGCUCGGUUCACUACCCCUACUACCAACAACCUCCGCCCUCUCAGCCACCUCCAGUGGUGGCGCCACCGCCACAGCACCACUUGGUUCAGCCCUAUUUCCCUCAACAGCCACCACCUUUCGCUUCCUACGCUGCCACUCUUAUCCCCCAACCCUCAUACGACGAGCUCCGAACUCUAUUCGUCGCCGGUCUCCCAGAAGAUGUCAAGCCUCGCGAAAUCUAUAACCUCUUCCGCGAGUUUCCGGGUUACGAGUCCUCCCACCUCCGAACCCCCAACGGAAAAUCUCAGCCUUUUGCUUUCGCGGUGUUCUUGGAUCAGCAGUCUGCCAUUGGAGCAAUGCACGCGCUGAAUGGGAUGGUGUUUGAUCUUGAGAAAGGUUCAACAUUAUAUAUUGAUCUAGCUAAAUCUAAUUCUAGGUCUAAGCGUUCAAGAACAGAUGAUGAAAGAUCUGGCUCAGAUAAGAGAGCUAGAAGUUCGUCAUAUUCAAGGGGAACUCCUGAUUCUGCAGGAGUUGGCAGCAUUCACAUGCCUGGAAUGGGUAAUUCUGCUUACAACAUGACUGGUUAUCCAUCUGCACCAAGUCAUGGCAACUUCAAUGGCAGAGCUGUACACGAGACAAUAUCCCCAAAUGCGAAUAAUUCUUCUGUACAGCAUUUUCCACAAAAUAAUACUCCAUGUCCAACGCUUUUUGUGGCUAACUUGGGGCCAACAUGUACGGAGCAAGAGCUAAUUCAAGUGUUUUCAAGGUGCCCUGGGUUCAUAAAAUUGAAGAUGCAAAGCACAUAUGGAGCUCCGGUUGCAUUUGUUGAUUUUCAGGACACUGCCUGCUCAACUGGAGCGCUGAGUCAUCUGCAAGGCACAGUUCUCUACUCGUCAACAGCUGGCGAAGGCAUGAGAUUGGAAUACGCCAGAUCACGAAUGGGAAUGCGUAAGAAGCCGAAGUAGUUUGAAUAGAAGAUUGUAGCUUUUCGCUCGUUUCCAUGCCCGCGCAAGGCGAUCCACAUCUUACAUUAGUUGUACCAACACUAGGUAGAUUUGCUAUCCACGCAGGGGUGUCCAUUUAUGUUCAUUUUCCUUGAUGGUGCCCUCGUCGUCAUCGUCAACAUUCAAUAAUGGAAAAUAUUUGUGGGUUUUCAAAUUAUAAACAUUUAAUUCUUUGACAAAAGUAUGAUAUUUUGUUGACUUAAACAUAUUUUGUUGUACGUGCA